AUGCUGCUGCAGGAUGAUACAAGUGUUUGUUUGGAAGAGAAAGUGUCAUGUGAAAUCAGAGAGUUGCCUUCAAUGAUGUGGAAGAGGUCGAUUGUGCAAGCGAAGGCUGGACACACGCGUACCUCAGCUGCCCUAGCGUUCGCACUUGCUGUCUUUAUAGCAUUAUGUGGUGUGCGAGUAUGCGGAGCGGCGGACCUGGUCAUCGAGAUACCAGGGUGGGGCGCGGAGGGCGCGGAGGGGGCCCACUACCGCCUUGACUACCGCCCGCCCGAGGGUACUCCCGCACCUAACUUCACAGUGCCCGCUCGAGCUUCUACGAUAAACUUCCAAGGCCUCCCGGGAACUAAAUACCACUUCAUGCUCUACUACUCCAAUGCCACGUUCGCGGACCUGCUCACGUGGAACCAGACGAUUAUAACUGCGCCGGAGCCGCCCACGAACCUGACGGUGACGCUCGGUCGCAACAAGCAAGCCGCCAUAUCCUGGUCUCCGCCGGCAAAUGGAGACUAUACGGGAUUUCGCUUCAAGGUGAUCCCGCUGACGGAGCGCGCGGAGGGCGGCGCGCGCAACAUCACGGUGGAGGGCGCCGGCAACUGGACGCACGUGCUGCGCGACCUGUCGCCCGGCGCCACCUACCAGCUGCACGCCUUCACGCUGCUGCACGACAAGGAGAGCGCCGCCUACGCCUCCUUCAACUUCACCACCAAGCCGAAUACGCCCGGAAAGUUCAUAGUUUGGUUCCGCAAUGAGACCACGCUGCUCGUGCUGUGGCAGCCGCCCUACCCGCCCGGCGCCUACACGCACUACAGGGUGUCGAUCGACCCGAAGGACGCGCGCGAGUCGGAGCUGUACGUGGAGAAGGAGGGCGAGCCGCCGGGGCCGGCGCAGGCCGCCUUCAAGGGGCUGGUGCCGGGCCGCGCCUACGACAUCUCCGUGCAGACGGUGUCGGACGCGCAGCUGUCGGCGCCCACCACGGCGCAGUACCGCACCGUGCCGCUGCGCCCGCGCAACGUCAGCGUGGACGCGCGCGCGCUCGCCGAGACCGCCUUCCGCGUUACCUGGCUGCCGCCCGCCGACCAGAGCGAGUUCGAGAAGUACCAGAUAUCCGUGGGCGGGGGCGGCGGUGCGGGCGGCGGCGCGCGGCGCCUGCCGCCGGUGCUGCGCGCGCGCGACGAGGCGCCGGCCUGCGCCUUCGACGGGCUGGAGCCGGGCGCGCACUACACCGUCACCGUCAAGACCAUGUCCGGCAAGGUCACCUCCUGGCCCGCCGCCGCGGAGCUCACCCUCAAGCCGCUGCCGGUGCGCGAGCUGCAGGGCCGCUACGUGGAGACGGGCGAGGGCGGCGGCGUGUUCCUGUGGUGGCGCCCCGCCGACGGCUCCACGCAGGACGAGUACAAGGUGUCGUACCACGAGACGGGGCCGUCGCGCGACGACAGCAACUCGCUGAGCACGGCCGCCACCAACGCCACGCUCGAGGCGCUGCUGCCCGGCCGCAACUACACCUUCACGGUGUCGGCGGUGUCGCGCGGCGUGGAGUCCAACGAGAGCGUGUUCCAGGCGGCCACGCGGCCGCUGGCGCCCGCGCUGCGCGCCGCCGCCGCCGCGCAGCGCGCGCUGCGCCUCGCCUGGAGCUCCGACGUCAACUCGCGCCAGGACCGCUACGAGCUGCGCUACCGCCGCCGCCGCGACGACGAGCCCUACCGCACGCUGGUGACGACGGAGACGAACGCGACGCUGGAGGACCUGGUCCCGGGCGCGGUGUACGAGAUCCAGCUGGCGGCUAUCAGCAACGGGCUGCUGAGCGAGCGGCACACGGUGCUGAAGCCGGUGCGGCCGCUGCCGGCGCAGUGGCUGGGCGUGGAGCGCGCCAGCAGCAACGCGGCCGCCGUGCGCUGGCGCGGGCCCGACGCGCGCGCCGGCGUGGUGGGCGCGUACUCGCUGCGCUACCGCACGCCGCGCGCGCCCUGGCGCCGCCUCGACCCGCUGCCGCCCACCGCCGACCAGGCCGAGAUCAGCAACAUGACGCACGGCGAGCGCUACACCAUCCAGCUGGACACGGCCAGCGAGGACGCGGCCGGCGAGACCGUGGACAGCGGGCAGCCGCUCUCCGCCGAGCACACCGUCCGUCCCAACCCCGUGUCCAACGUGGCGCAGCUGGCCGACACGCGCAACGUGACGCUGGAGUGGCCGCGCCCCGCCGGCCGCGUGGAGUGGUACGCGGUGCGCUGGUGGGCGAGCGAGGAGGAGGCGGGCGGAGAGGGCGCGGAGGGCGGGGAGGGCGGCGCGCGCAACGUGAGCGCGGUGGAGGCGCAGGGCGGGCGCGCGCUGCUGGACGCGCUGGCGCCGGGCCGCGGCUACGGCGUCAGCAUCGCGGCGCACUCCUACAACCUGUCCAGCGAGCUCUUCACCAUGCACACCCGCACGCGACCGUUGAUUCAAUCGGAAAUGACGAUCGUCAAUGAGUCUGGCGACAACGACGACAACGACACGCUGCCCGCUAUCUUGGUGGUCUACACGCGCACGCCCGAGUCUGCCACGAAGUUUGACUCGUACCGCUUCCGGCUGGAGGGCGGCGGCGAGCAGCCGCGCUGGCAGGAGCGCGCCGCCGCGCCUGCGCCCGCGCCCGCGCCCGGCCAGCAGCAGGUCGCCUUCCGCGCGCUCACGCCCGGCCGCCUCUACAACGUCACCAUGUGGACUGUCUCGCGCAACGUCAGCUCGCACCCCGUGCAGCGCCCCACGCGCCUCUACCCGCGACCCAUCACGCAGCUGAACGCCACGUCGGUGGCGGCGCGCGAGAUCGCGCUGGCGUGGGCGCCGCCCGCCGGCGACUACACCGAUUUCGAGGUGCAGUACCUGGACGACGCCGAACGCCUGGAGACGCGCGCCACCGCCCGCCCGCGCCUCGUGCUGUCCGGCCUGCGCCCCUACACCUCCUACACCUUCACCGUCGUGGUGCGGUCGGGCACGCCGGCCACCAUCCUGACGCGGUCGCGCGCGCGCUCGGGCAUAUUCCGCACGCUGCAGGCGCCGCCCGCCGCGCCCUCGCGCUUCCAGCUGAGCGACGCCACGCCCACCGAGCUCGCCUUCGAGUGGCGCCUGGAGCCGCGCGACGCGCACGGCGAGCUCACGCGCUUCACCAUCGAGUACGCGCCCGUGGGCGGCGGCGGCGGCUGGGGCGGAGCGCGCGUGGCCGUGUUCGAGGGCACGGCGCGCGCGGGCCGCGUGGGCGGGCUGGCGGCGGGCGGCGAGUACGAGUUCCGGCUGCGCGCGGAGAACGGCGCCGGGCGCGGUGAGGCGGCGCGCCUCACGCAGCGCAUGGCCAUCGCCGCGCCGCCGCGCCCCACGGCGCAGCCGGCCGAGGUUCGGCGCUCCUCCUCCACCGUGGCCGUGCGUUUCCGCGCCGACUACUUCUCGCCCGCCAACGGCAACGUGACGGCCUACACGCUGGUGCUGGGCGAGGAGCCGCGCGCCGACACGCCCGCGCGCCUGCCCUCGUGGCGCGACGUGCACCGCCUGCCCGUGUGGCCGCCCUACCAGGUCACGGAGCCCUACUACCCCUUCCACUCGUCCGCCGUCGAGGAGUUCACCAUCGGCUCGGAGCGCUGCGAGGGCGGCGGCCGCAGCUACUGCAACGGCCCGCUCAAGCCGGGCUCGCGCUAUUACGUCAAGCUGCGCGCCUUCACCGCGCCCGACAAGUUCACCGACACCGCCUACACCGUCGUCUACACCGAGGCGGACCACACGGGCUGGAUCGCGGGCGGCGCGGUGGGCGGCGCGCUGGCGGCCGCGCUGGCGGCGGGCGCUCUGCUGCUGCGCCGCCGACGUCGCGCCGCCGCCGCCGCACCGCCCGCGCCGCUGCCCGCCUCGCGCCCCGUGCGCGUCGCCGACUUCCUCGACCACUACCGCCUCAUGUCCGCCGACUCCGACUUCAGGUUCAGCGAGGAGUUCGAGGAGCUGAAGCACGUGGGGCGCGAGCAGCCCACCACCGCCGCCGACCUGCCCUGCAACCGGCCCAAGAACCGCUUCACCAACAUCCUGCCCUACGACCACUCGCGCUACAAGCUGCAGCCCGUCGACGACGAGGAGGGCUCGGACUACAUCAACGCCAACUACGUGCCGGGGCACAACUCGCCGCGCGAGUUCAUCGUGACGCAGGGCCCGCUGCACUCCACGCGCGACGACUUCUGGCGCAUGUGCUGGGAGUCCGGCUCGCGCGCCAUCGUCAUGCUGACGCGCUGCGUGGAGAAGGGCCGCGAGAAGUGCGACCGCUACUGGCCCUACGACACGCGGCCCGUGUACUACGGCGACAUCGCCGUCACCGCGCUCAACGAGAGCCGCUACCCGGACUGGACCAUCACGGAGCUGGCCGUGUGCCGCGGUGCCGAGCAGCGCGUGGUGAAGCACUUCCACUUCACCACGUGGCCCGACUUCGGCGUGCCCGAGCCGCCCACGGCGCUGGCGCGCUUCGUGCGCGCCUUCCGCGAGCGCUGCCCGGCGGACGCGCGGCCCGUGGUGGUGCACUGCAGCGCCGGCGUGGGCCGCUCCGGCACCUUCAUCACGCUGGACCGCGCGCUGCAGCAGCUGGCCGCGCACGCCGACACGCUCGACAUCUUCGGCAUGGUGCACGCCAUGCGGCGCGAGCGCGUGUGGAUGGUGCAGACCGAGCAGCAGUACAUCUGCAUCCACCAGUGCGUGGUGGCCGCGCUCGAGGGCGCCGACCUGGCGCCGCCGCCGCCCAACAACCACCACCACAACGCCGCCUUCGAAGAUGACGAGGGCAUCGCCGAGUCGGGCAUG